GAAAAUACAGUAUGUCCACAUAGAUUGUGGGAAACCAAGCAAAUGGCAACAUUCUUGGCAACGUCAAAUGUUCCUGCUUAUUUCCAGAUUUUAAUUAACCAAGACAACUACAUUUGAAAGGCGCUCAGAUUUACAGCCCUGGACCUCUGAGAGAUAAUUUUGUUGCCGCAUAUCGACUCUGUUUCUAAACUCUUCAGAAUCGAGAAACAAGGGAGCAGCAUUCGGGAAAAGAAAUGGACCUGUUUCAAAAUGCUCUCAGAAGAAACCUGCACCUCUUUAACUCUGCCCCUUUUCAAUAACACUUCCCUCCCGGCUCCAUACACACACAGUGUCAUGUACACAUAAACAGAUACACAAACACACUCACACACACACACACACACACACACACGCAAUCAAACAUUCCCCACCUGCCGCUGCUCCUCUGAUGAAACUCAUAUAGAAACUCCAGGAUGCAUCUACUUUUAGUUCUUACAUUGGUUCUAGAGGUUCAGUCGAGAAUCAUCAACCUCAACUUCACCAGCGACUGCGCCUGCCAUAUUGAGCUCAAAUCUACUAACUGCACCAGCAGCAAUUACACGCAGCUGCCCAUGUACCUUCCACCAUUCACCGAACAACUGGACCUAUCCUUCAACCUCCUGAGUGCCAUCAAACCACAAGCUUUCCAGAAUACCCGAAGACUUCGCAUCCUACUCCUAAACAAUAAUGAGAUUAGCAAACUAGCCGAAGGGGCGUUCUCGCUGCUAGAAGGUUUGUUGAGACUGGACUUGAGCCAAAACCAAAUCUCAACCCUGAGUAAAGGGUUUUCAUUGGGUCUUGGUUCCCUUCGAGAGCUCUCGUUGGCUGGGAACAGAUUGACAAUCUUGGACAGCAGCUGUUUUGUCCACUUGGACGUUUUGCAAAGACUCAACCUGAGUCAUAACACCAUCAAUACAAUCAAGAUGAGGGCGUUUGGCUCCAUGAGUACCCUACGCCAGAUACAACUCGACUGGAACAAUAUAACGAUUCUGAAAAACGGGAUCUUCUCCAUGCUUCGGAAUCUUGAAGUUUUGAAUUUACAACACAAUCAGAUUAACUGCUUGGACGUUGGAGUACUUUCACCUUUGACUAGCCUUGCCGUACUGGAUCUCACCAAUAACAACCUGUCCUCGAUUCAAUUUAAGACCUUCUUGAGUCUCAACACAUAUAGCACGCACAUAAUGCUCCAAGGUAACCCAUGGAAGUGUGAUUGCGAUCUGCAAAGAGUCUUCCGGAAGCUUUGUAAUGUCAAACGGCUGUUACUGGACGACUACGACAAUCUCACCUGCUCGAAUUUGGAUGAAAUUCAUGGUUACUACACGAUGGGCUUAGAUACAGAGCUCUGUGUUGCGGAAAUGGUGACCGUCCUUGUCAUUACGAUUACGGUGGUUAUCACUGUUGUGGCGGCCAUCCUUAUGGCAGAGAAGAAACGAAAGAAAAAGAAUAAAGAAAAGCACUGGACGGAGGUCAGCGAGCACUCUUGUGCAUCGCAGGAUUAAGCAGAUUUCUGAACAAAUGAUGAUUAUGUAUUAAAUCUACACAUAAAGUAGAGUGAAUAA